AACAAGCUUAAGUUGAUCGCUUAAAUUAAUCCGAUUUCUCGAACAAAUUUACGGGAUUAACUUAUUAGCUUAAGUACGUUAUUUUAAACCAAGUACUUAGCAGGCUUAAGUCUGUUAUUGUGGCUUAAAUAUGGCGGAGAUACGGCGUCGAAUUCGUCAGUUGCGAAGAGUUGUCAGGAUAGAGAGAGUGUUUCAAGAUAGGUUGAAUCCGCUUGAAGUCCUGUCGGACGAAGAGAUUUUUCGGCGAUAUCGCUUCCGUAGUAGAACAGUAAUGGACAUUGUGGAAGUGCUGUUCCCCUUCUUAGAGAGGCCGACGAAGCGCUCGUCACCUCUCCCACCACUUUUGAGCGUCUUAGUAACGCUUUAUUUCUUGGCCUCGGGAGCCCACUACGUGGUGAUAGGGGACGUUCAUGGAGUUUCGGCGCCCUCUAUAUGCAGAUCCGUCAAUUGCGUUGUGAAACUGCUGGCGCGAAUGGGCGUGCAUCGGAUAAAAUUUCCAAGAUUACUUGGCGACACAAAGGCCAAGUUUUAUUCCAUUGCAGGUUUUCCAAAUGUUAUUGGUGUCAUAGACUGCACCCAUGUGAAAGUUCUGGCACCAAGAGAAUAUGAGGCUGACUACGUAAAUCGCAAAGGCUACCAUUCACUCAAUGUACAGAUGGUGUGCGAUUCUGGCUAUCGUUUUCUGAACGUGGUGGCAAAGUGGCCAGGAAGUGUGCAUGAUGCCAGGAUAUUUAGAAAUUCCUUACUUUGUCAGCAUUUAAAAAACGGUUAGUAUUGUUUAUAAUGCAUAUACAGGGUUCGACACUAAGGCACGUCCGACAGACAUUGUCUAGUAAGAUCGGUGGUCGGGCUAGUAAAACUGUGGGCUAGCUUGUCCGACUGGUCGUACAUAACAAAUCUAUACUGAUUCAUAUAACUAUACCUAACCGAAAACCUUUUUCUCUUAAUGUGUAAAAUAACUCUCGUAUCCGUUAUUUACAUCAGAACAAAACUAGCGUAUAUAAAUAAACGCGGAGAAUUCACAUGAUUCAUCGCUAUUUUUAGACGCGAAGGAGAGCUUCCCGCAGAAAUUGCUUGUUUCCAUUGGUCAAGUUGUCAUGAAUAUUAAUGAUUUUCUGAAGUGUCUUAGAACUUUACAUCAUGUUUUUACGACUUCUAUUGACAAUCGGUAUCAUCAAUGUAAACAUUUUGGCGUAGCAGACGAGAGAAUGUUAUUUAAAGAAUGGCUUUGUUCAAGAUUGGAUUUUCAUCCGACAAAUAAGUUUAUAAAGAAGAAUCCGACGGUAAAACUGACACAGAUUAUGCUGGAAAAAGGGCCUUGGAGCUGUGGUUGCAUGGAGCACAGCGGUCAAGGAGGCCAGAAUUUGAUGACCUUGAAUAAAUGUCACCUGCUGUACAGACAUCAUUUAUUUAACUGGUGAUAAACAGUGAAAUUAUAACAAACAUUUUAUGUUGUUACAUAGUUUUAUUUUAUUUUUUACUCUGCAUCAAAAUGACUUUCUUGUGUUCACUAAUUAUUUACUGAUAAAUAAUUGAUUAAACAGUUACACGACACUAUUGUGUUUAUUUGUUAUGUCAUUUAUGGUCUAGUAGACAUCAUAUUCGGGCUAGAACAUUUUAAAG